AGCAUAAGGCGUUGGUUUAAAAUCCAGUGUAAGCGCAGCUCACCAAAAGGUUCUCAUCGCCUUCCACAUCCUCAUCAUCAUCUUCAUCUUCAUCCACAUCCCUCAUACACUCGUCAGCCAUCCGUGCAAUGUCUUCCAUGGGGAGAGGAGCUGCAACACAAUAUUAGUAGAGAAGUGCUGUUGUCCUGCAGCGGCAAAGCUGAAUCUUACUUUUCCCCUUGUGCUUUCCUUUCCCAGCCGCUGGAGGCCUGUUAUUCCCAGUGAGAGCAGCCAGCUCAGCCAGCAGCUCUGGGUUGUCCAGGUUAUCAUCCUCCAUCCCCAUCAUCAUCUGCUCGGGGUCCAUGUCCAUGAACAUCCCAAGCUUUGCAGCGAGACACCACGUCAGAUGACUCCAAGCAACCUACGAUCGCAGACAUGAGGAAGAUGAUGGUGAAAACAGCCACCUCGAACUCUGGGCUCACUCCGAUGAAGGAGCCACCGACUGGCUUCACCAAACCCUUCCAGCUGAACUGCAGGUUCAGGACGUGGUCGUCUUCAUCCGGCUGUGGAGGAGCGACGAGACACAUCAGCUGGUGUACCACGUCAAACACAUGCAGUCAAGAAGAAACUGUCCAACCCUUCACCUUCACUCUUGCUACUUCAUUGUCUCCACCCUGCCUGCACUCUCUUCUUCACCUCUUUACAUCUUGAUCAAACGUUCUCACCGUUUCUUUGUGACCUCUUGCUUUGUAGCCUUUGUAGUCCACAUGCUGGUGUUUCUCCUGCAGGUAGAACUGGAUCCAGUUGUGUAGACCCAUCACUUCAUGUCCCUUGGUUUCUCCAACAAACACGUGUUCGAAACCACUGGAAUCCUCCCUGGGCCCACCAGAAAGACAUUUUAAAAUUCAGACCUAAGGGUCAAUUUUACCUUCAAGAACCAACAUGCGGAACCAGAUGUUAUACAGCUGAUUUCGAAACUGGUCCGGAUUGGCUGGCGACAUCCUUUUCCUGAUCAGAUACUGAUGAGCAUGCUGAGGCAGAGUGAACACUGUGAUGAGGAACGCUGGUGGAGGAGUGGCGUGCCACAUCUGUAAGUGGAUUCCUGACACUGCACCUUCAUGACCUCAGUCUCCAUCACUGCACUCAGAAACAGCUGGUUCUCCUGGAGCUCUUCUGACGUGACGGUCUCCGACACGCCUGUGGACGCCUCGUAGUUGUCCAGCAGGUUGAUGAAAUCUGCCGGUUCACAGUGGAAUUAGAGAAACCAGACACGUGUGAGGACAAACAUCUGGACUCACGGCUGUACGUCUCAAUGCUCCUCAGCUUGUCCUCGUCCACGUAGGUGAAGAGCGGAUGUCUGGCUCUGUCUCUGGCAUAGUUGCUGCCCUGCUCCACAUACCCGGCCUUUCCCUGAGAGAAGAGUUAGCAACCGUCAUGCUGCAAUGGUGCGGCCAUAUAAAAAACUGAUCAUCAACUGACCUGCAGCGAGAUGAUGUAAUCUCUCCCCGGCUUCAAGCGAUUGGUAUCCAGACGCCAGAGAUCAUUCAACACUUGAGUGAGUUCCUGGCUGGCUUGUUGACUGUUUCAGAGCAAACAAAACCGUGACCUUCCCACAAGCUGUCUGCGUGAGUAAAAAACGUCUUCAUAAAAUAAAAAUAGUUGAAUUAAAUCUAUUCUGACAGUCAUGUGGAAAAUCUUGUGACAGAAUGAAAGAAGUUGAUGACUCAUAACACAGGCAGUCACCAAAGUUCUGGUCCUCCACUUCUCAUUCGAGCAGAGUUUAGAUGAAAACUCUCAAAAAUCUCAAACCUAAAGAGAAAAAUCAGGUCUAACUCUUCACAGAUGAUGCUCUUGUUUGUCGAAGCUGCAGUGUAAUUAAACUAAUGACUUCCAGCCUCUGCUCCACGUAGACACAGGGUUCUAAACAGUGUUAGAAUCUUGGAGAAAAAAGCGGCUCAAGUUUCACUCUGGCAACACAACACCAGUCUUCUGCACUGAAUGGAAAGAUUGUGCGCAACAAGCCACGCAAAGCAGCAGGAAAAAAAGUUUAAACUCCGAGCUAAAACUGUGGCUAAUGACAAGUCAGUUCUUCUGCUUACCUUCUCGCCAUGACGGAAAAUCUGACUGACUUCUUCUUUCACCCUCUAGCUACUGUACUGUUAGUUGAGCUGUCAAUCAUGACGGUGUCAAAGAUGCAGCCAAUAGCGGGACAGAAACACGAUCCCUUGUCGUCAGAAGGGCGUGGUCAGCGAGUUCGUUCCAAUCGCUUAUGCUUUUAAAAAACUUUUAUUUUCUCAUGUGACUGAAUCUAAUUCUACGAGGUUUCUAAAACUUUGAAUGAUACGUGUCUCCUUGGAGCUACAGACAUUUUAGGAAUACAAAAGUUUGAAAACAAAAAACGUGAUUUUUUUUUUUAUUUGAGUUGCUCUUUACCGCGAUACAUUGGUCGGGAAAUAUCCAUUUAAUCGAUUUUAAGAGCAACUUUCAAAACCUUUCCAAUUAUUUAGCGAAGUAGCGAAAGCAUUUUAUUUUGAAAAGCAUUUCUCGCUUGGGCAAGGCGUCGUCGUGUGUGCGCAUGCGCAGUGUUGCCACAUGUUAUUUUGGUUUGGCGAAGCUAACUUUAACUGAUUGUACCGUAGUGGAUUAAAUUCACACCUCGCGUCGUUUACACUGUCGUGUUUUCAAGGAAAGUCAUUUUUAAUCGUCUUUAACAGAGUGUUGCUAAAAACUAGAGUCUCGAUUGCGACUGACGAGGUGAGAAGUUUGCAGCGAGCUAAGUUAGCCACAUGGCAGCAGCCGUGCUGGAGCUGAUCGCAGGCAGCUACGAGCAGGUCGCUUUCGGAUACCGAGUGGACACUGGAGGAGAGGAGUGGACGGCCAGGCCGGACUUCACACACCAUGCCCACUCGGCGUCCAUCUCAGCUGUGGCGGCCAGCGAGAGGUUUGUUGUGACCGGGAGCAAAGAUGAGACGAUCCAGCUGUACGACAUGCGGAGCAAGACCGAGCACGGCUCGCUGUUGCACCACGAUGGCAGCAUCACCUGCCUGGAGUUUUAUGGCUCAGAUCACCUCCUGAGCGGAGGAGAGGACGGACUGAUCUGCGUGUGGAGCACCAAGAAGUGGGAAUGUAUCAAGUCCAUCCACGCUCACAAGGGUCACGUGACGUCGCUGUCGGUCCACCCCUCCGGGAAACUUGCGCUGUCAGUUGGGACUGACAAGACUCUCAGAACAUGGAAUCUAAUAACGGGCAGAUCGGCUUUCAUCAAGAACAUCAAGCACAACGCAGAGAUGGUCAUGUGGUCGCCAGAGGGCGACAAGUACGCCGUGGUUCAAAACCAGACGUUGAGCAUCUACGACCUGGAGACGGCCUCGGUGGCCGCGGCGCUCACCAACCCCAAGAGGAUCUCCAGCGUGAAGUUCCUGAGCAAUGCCGUCCUCGCAGUGGCGGGCGACGAUGACGUGGUGAGACUGUGCGACGUCAGGACUGAGAAGUGGUUGUGUGAGUUCAAGGCUCAUGAGACGAGGGUGAAAGCUGUCGACUGCUUCCACAUGGACGGCUUCUGCGUCGUCGUGACGGCGUCCAACGACGGGUUCAUUAAGCUGUGGAAACUUCAUCUGAAGGAGGAGCUGGAAUCUCCCACUCUUCUUCUGGAAGUGAACACAACAGCCCGGCUCACUUGCCUGGCGGUAUGGAGGCCUUCAACAGUGCAGCAGGUCACAGAGGAACGGGAGAAACCGACGUCAUCACAAGAAAUCGCCGCACAACUUUCCACAGUGAAGCGGAAAGUGAGGCUCUGCACAGAAAAGGUCAUUCUGGAGGACGAGAGCAAACCUAAGAAGAAGAAACGUGGCGGCAAAAAACAAGCGAAUAAAACUGUUUAAUAUUUCUUUAAUCUCGU